CCGACAGCCAGCAUCAUAAUGUCCUGCGUCAUCUACAAUUUUUUCCACAACUGUCCGAGAAGUCGUUGGGCCCACACCUCGGAGUGCGAGGAGACUCUCGCCUUCACCAAAAAAUAGCAAUGGUCAUCCUACGCUGGUGCUGGCUGCCUCUCGUCCUGGUGUCCAUUUCGGAGGCACUCGACCCGGAUGAAACCACCACAGUGGCCUCUGUCGGUGGCAGCGAUUUGACGGCGGCCAAAUGUGGCAAGAAAAGAGCCGGCUGUUGUUCUGAGCUGUACAUUGGUGAGGAGGAAGAACUCGAGAAAUGCUUCUUGAUACACUCCUCAAAGCUACCCCAGGACGGCGAAUCCGAUAUCGGGAAGACCUUUAGAUUCUUAUCGUGCUUUGUGGAGUGUUUGUACAAACAGAAGAAGUACGUUGGGAAGAGCGACACGAUUAACAUGAAAAUGGUCAAGCUCAAUGCGGAAACAACAUUCGCCGAUCGUCCCAAGGAGAAGGAUUACCACAUAGCCAUGUUCGACUAUUGCCGAAAGGAUGCCUCGUCCAUGUACAACCUUCUGAAGGCCAGUCCCGGAGCCAAGGCGCUCCUGAGGAGCGCCUGUCGACCCUAUUUGCUGAUGGUGUUCCUGUGCGUGGCCGACUACCAUCACGAUCACGAGUGCCCCUACUUCCGCUGGGAGGGCUCCACCAAGGCGGGAACCAAGGAUCAGUGCGAAAGGGACAAGGCCCAGUGCUAUGCCAUCGAUGGUCUGACCAUGCCCACCGAGAAACCGAUUUAGAAUCGAAAGGCGGAAAAUUAAAGGAAAAUUAAGACCAAGUUGUUUAUAAUAAAGUUCGAGUGUAUAAAUAAAAGACUACAUAGGUCGGGG